AUGGUUCUUCCCACCCCUCAAGGAGCGCAGCCUCGGCUCCCCCCUGCCAACACUCGAGAGGGAUCUGGGAGCGAGACAUCAGUUAAUCCCACCUCCUUGACAUUUUGGCCGGGAAAGGGAGAAAGCCCACCCGGCUGCUCUGUCCACGCCUCUCGACCGGGAACCCCGGAGGAGCGCUCAAAAGGCGCUUUCCUCCAGAGCGCCCGCGCGCAGAGGCGACAGAGACGCCGCGGCAGCCCAGCUGCGUCCUAUGGAGAGAGAAUUCGGCGGCGCCCUUCUGGCGCGCUCCACACCGGGACGCCUUUCGACCUUUCCCCCAACAGGUGGCGAAGGGCUCUCCGCGGCGGCGGCAGCAACCGAGCGAGCGUGACCGUGCUGCAGGCCACCACGAUCGGAAAGCGAAAUCACUUUAACCCGGACCCGAGGCGAUUUGCCGGACGGAAAACGCGGCCGAAGCCAAGGGAAGAGCUCCGGCCGCGGCUUGGGCUUCUCUUCGCCCCUUCCGGAAGACGAGAGCGCGGCGGCGGCGGCGGCCACUUUUGCCAUUUUAAUUUCCCGCUUCCACGCCUGCCGGGCCGCCCGCUGCCAAGGUUUGGCGCCGGGGCCACAGCACCAUGGACGCGACCGCGACGGCAGCAGCCCCACCAUGAGCGAGAGCACGCCUCCGCGCGGACCAUGUCCCAUGCUCUUUUAAGGAAUAUCUUUCGGAUUCUACUCCUGUACCUAGUUCUGGUGCCAGAUGCGCCAUCCCUUUGCAUGAAGGCAAUCCAAGAAGAGUAUGAGAAUGUGUUAUUCCCCUUCAUUACUUACCUGAACAAUUUGAUCCAGGACACCCCAUCGUGCAAUUCAACUAAGGAAAAUUCGACUGGACAGAUUACUGCUAGCUACAGGUGCUGUUGCAGAUCAAAUAAGGAGAGAGCCCUACGGUGUAUGGCAAAAUACCUUAAAAAAAUGUCCAAAACAUCAUGUAUCUCCACCAAGGAGGAGAUAAAACAAAGAAUGGAAUACGUUUCCACCGUUACACUGAUGCUACAGGAGAAAUACACCAACACCACUGCUUCAACAGCACAAAAAAGAGAGUCUUGUCGAUGCACAGACUGCUGCUGCAAAAUGCUUGAUCCCAUAUGUUGUACAAAGAAAGUAAUUUUUGACUUAAUGUCUUGUUGGAGGCAUUUUAUCCUAUAGUUUGAAAGAACGCUGCAAAUGGAACUUGACAAACUGCACAGUGCUCUGGUUUUUCAGAGUAAACUGUUUUCCUGCAUACAACUCUGCACUGCUAAGCAAAUGGAGGGAGAACUGGAAGAAGCCGGACCAUCAGUGUCUCAAAAAGGGUCUCAGCUGCUAUGGGAGCAGAAAGCAAAUGUGGGACAGAGAACUGCAGUCUUCAUUUCAGUAUUUCUUAGAAUUGGUGACUGUCUUUAGCAUACAUUUUUACUACCGAUUUUGCAUUAUUUUAAAGAGCAAAGCAGCACUUUAAAAACUACCAAGAAGGCAACUUACCAAUUUAUCAGUCUUUUUAAAUUAAUAUAUCUAAUAUAUCCAUAAUGGUUCUUAUAUAUCCUGCAUUUCAGUUUUUAGGACUGUUCAGAUGCAGUAUGCUCUUGGGGCAGAUAUUAGAGGCUGGGAAGUAUCUGUCUAAAAGCUGGAAGUUGCUAACAGAUUUUUGCAAGCAUAUGUACAAAUCUGACAUAUAUAACUAACACUUUUAUAUGUAUCAUGAAAAAUAGGGAUUUAUUCAUAUAGCCAUGUCAGCCGUCUGUGAAUGAAUUGACAGUAGUAACUGCUGUUAAGGGGCAAGUGAACGGGAUAAGAAGAGGGGAUGAUAACUGGUACGAGGGAAACAGGGUCUUUUUGAAGUAGGGAAGGUAGGUAAAUACUUGAUUGAAGAAGCCUUCAGAGCAUUUAAAAUUCAAAUACAACAUAAACUAAGAACAAAAAGCCCAGCAAGGGUUAAAAUUAUAAUACUAAAAUUAUAUAUACAAUUUAGUCAGCCAAUUAGUCAUAAUAAAAUAAACUUCUAAAGAUAAAAACAUUACAUGGCUCAUCUAAAGAGACAUUCUUCCUAAGAGUGGCUGUUUUAGCAGCGAAGAGAGCAACCCUUUGUGUCUCAAACUGAUCCUUGAAGCAGGAUCGCUACUGGCUGGGGAACAGAAAUUAGAAAUUACUUUUUUUUUUACAUAAUCCACAUAUAUGUUAAUUUAUAGGUUCUGAGAACAGUAGGUUAUUUCCCACAAGCUCUGGAAUGAUGGAAGUUCUGAUCAGCCACCUCUGGAGAGCACCAGAUUGGAGAAGACUGUAUUUGCUGUUUAGACAUUGGGUUAAAAAUUAAAUUUUCAAGCUUUUUUUAGACAGACCAGCAUCCUGUUGCUAUGUGCGACUAAGUCGACCCACUGACUCAGUAGAGUUGCCUAAAUGUUGGGUUACAUUCAAGAAUUGAUUCAGUAGCUUUACUGUAGUUGGGACUAGCAAUAGCAUCCUGGCCUUAGUGACUGUUGAUUUUCUUGGGUUUUGUUAACUUUAACUGAUUUGAAGGCUGCUUUCCUCACUAGUGCUGCUUUUUCAAACUGUGUUGGUUGACUUUUUGCUGUAAACCAUUUUGUAUAUUUAAUAUAAAAAAGUAUAUACAUGUUUAAAUAAAAGUACACAAAACUUGAAAGUCUGUUGACUAGUGUGACCUUAGCUUUGGAGAAAUCCAAUUAAUAAGGGCACCAGCCGACUGCUACUACGAUUACUUUAAUAAUUUGUUACAUUGAAGUACCUAGUCUCAAGUUAUUAAAUUUAGUUUUGUAGCAGAGUUGCCGGUACUGAGUUAAGACAACAUUCUCCCCUACAGCUUUUUCAUUAUGACAAUAAACACUGAUCUCAUCUAAUUAAUCUUAUUUUUCACAUUAAUACUUGACCCUUCUUCCAUUGAGUUCAUGGUGGCAUAUGUGGCUCUUGGCCUCCAGACUGUAUCCUUGCUGCAACAAUUUGAGGUAGGUCAGACUGAGACAGUAUCCAAGGUCACUUAGUGAGUUUUGUAGCUGAAGAGGGAUUUGAACAUUGG